AUGGCGGAGACUGCCAAGCUCCAGCUGUUUGUCAAGGUGCCACUGGGCCAGGAGGGCGGCCUCGGGGAUGAGUGUGCUCUGGGGGGGGCUCUGCUUCCGGGGCAGGCAGUGGGUCUGCACCGUCUCCCUGGCGCCUUGGCUCUGGGACCCAGCCCAACCCCCCUGGAGAAAAAGCCCCUAGGUGGGGAGGUGCCAAUCCGACAGCCGGCGGCCAAGGCCCAAGUGGAGCUUGAGGCGAGCGAGGAUGGCGAGAGCGUGGGACACUGCCCUUCUUGUCAGCGGCUCUUCAUGCUCCUGCUCCUCAAGGGCGUGCCCUUCACCCUCACCACGGUGGACACUCGCAGGUCCCUGGAUGUGCUUAAGGACUUUGCUCCUGGCUCACAGCUGCCCAUCCUUCUCUACGAUGGCGAUGCCAAAACGGACACACUGCAGAUCGAGGAGUUUCUGGAGGAGACACUGGGGCCCCCUGAAUUCCCCAGCCUGGCACCCCGCUACAGGGAGUCCAGCACAGCGGGCAACGACGUCUUUCACAGGUUCUCCGCCUUCAUCAAGAACCCGGUGCCCACGCAGGACGAUGCCCUGUACCAGCUGCUGCUGCGCGCCCUCACCAGGCUGGACAGCUACCUGCGCACGCCCCUGGAGCACGAGCGGGCGCAGGAACCGCAGCUUCGUGAGUCGCGCCGCCGCUUCCUGGACGGCGACCAGCUCACGCUGGCUGACUGCAGCCUGCUGCCCAAGCUGCACAUCGUGGACACGGUGUGCACGCACUUCCGCCAAGCGCCCAUACCGGCCGAGCUGCGCGCCGUCCGCCGCUACCUGGACAGCGCGUUGCAGGUGAAGGAGUUCAAGUACACGUGUCCGUACAGUGCUGAGAUCCUAGCGGCCUACCGGACUGCCGUGCGCCCCCGCUAGCCCUUCCCCACCGUCUACGGCCACCCCCUGCCCACUCUUCUACAGCCCCAUAAAGGCACC